UAACGGCAGGCACGCAACUUUCUGGAUUGCUCAUACACAGAUGUAACACUUGGGUCGCCUCGGAUUUGAGGGUGGGGGGAGGCACAAAUGGAUCGCUUGGAGCCAAACAUCUCCCUGUGAUACCGGGCAGAGUGAGCGCGGCGGGACUUCUUAUUUCUCCUCAACACCGUGCAGACAAGGCUCCGGCAGAUCGCAAGACUUUGAAAGCUGGAAGACAUCCCGCCCGGCUCUCCGCCGAGAACGGGAGAAAAGUGGUGCUGAAACUGAAGCCAGGGCUACCUGAAGCAAUUACCUUUUCAAAUCCUGGAAAUGCAAACGACGACUGAAUCGCUCGUUAAUAAUUCAGGGAUUAGUGUAUUCUCUGAAGAUGAGAACAUCGUGCAGAAUCAUAAAGCUGUUUCAAGAUUUGGAGACUUUGGUUUUAGAGUGGCAGUGAUUGCUUCCAUUAUCAGCACAGCUGUAAUUUUAUUGAUGAGCGUGGCCUUUUUAACCAAUUGCCUUAUCAAAUGUGUGAGGAAGAAGGAAAGGAGGAAGCAACAGAGAGAAUUACAAACAUGGUAUCAGAUUGAAUGUAAUGUAAUGGAGGAAUCGAGAAACUUUUACCAUGGGUAUAAAGGCAGAAACAAUAACAACAAUAAACUCAGGGAUAACAUACUAAUUGAAGAAAUAGGAGAGAGUGGACUGGAGAACAAAGGAUUCUGCAAGUGCCAAAGGAAGAUUACAAAGGACUUGGAAACCACACUGCUUUGCAGAGAAAAUGCACCACAAGUAAUUUUUCAUCCAUGGAAUGUAGAGGUUUCCAGAUCGACUGAUUCUCGGAUUUUAUUGGAUUCAGUGACUGAUGAGCACAUUGUUCAAACACUUGAGUAUCAUCAAUCUCGAGACCAAUCUGGACACUAUAUUCUGACACACCAUACUUGACACUGGCACCAUUGCACCUGCUGGAAUAGUAUUUGACUGAGCAAAAAUGCUGCAGGAAAUAACCUGCUUGGGGAUGACAUGUGCCUUAUGAUUAGCAGAACUGCAGACUUGUGGUUUUAUUAUAAGUUUUACUGACAAAAUGUUUAUAUUAAAAGAAGUGUUCACUAUGGACAACCUACCAUUUCAUAAAUCUAAUCAAUGAAAAGAAUAAAAUAUUGCCCUGUCAUUAAUUAAGUUGUUAGAGUACAGUAUAUGAAGCAUGUAAGUUGCAGUUUACCCCACUGCAGCCCCCAGAAAUGUGUGAGCCUGUCUUAAAGGCUGCCUGUCAUAUUUUUAAGAAACAAUGAUAAUUUUCAUUGUCGUUGUGAUUUCUGCUGUAACAGAUACCCCUAACUAAUAUUUCAAGCCAUUACUACAGCGGCAAUUUCUAGACGUACAGAUUUCUAAGGUCACGUAUCACUGCUUUUCACCUCAAGAUUUAUUCUACAGCCACUCUAUAGUCAAGAUAAAUACUGAAGUGAAAGCAGGUAAUUUAAUCCUAUUGAUGGAUGCAGUUUGGUGAAAUAGUUCAAUUCUCACUGGAUUAACUGUGUACAAAAGCUGGUGUACAGGGUUAUCCAAAAAUCAAGAUUUGAAAGGAGCUCUACAUAAUCAAGCUCACACAUGUUCAGCAUCUGUCAAGGUAUCUAAAUACCUUUUCAUUUUGCCCGUGGGAUUUCCUUAACAUCUGGAAUGAUCUGUACAGACUCUGAAAGAUUUAUUGCUAGCCUGGAUUGUUGAACCCGCUUGAAGCCUGAUUAAACUUUAUUAUAACAAUA